UCAGUCAAGAAGUCUCUACUAAAAGAAUUGAAAUUUACUUGCGUACAUAUAAAGAUGAACACUCUAUUGAAAAUUCAAUUGGUUAAGCCUGUUUUUCGCGUUACGUUAAGGAAUUAUGGAAAGACCGAGCGUUUUAUGUGGUGCCAGAAGGAGUAUGUUCGACAUCCCAAGGUGGUUUGCAUGGACGGAAAUGAGAUUCCAGUGAUUGGACUCGGAACUUGGAAUAGCCCCAAGGGACAGGUCACCGAGGCUGUGAAAGUGGCCAUCGAUGCCGGAUACAGGCACAUUGACUGUGCCUAUGUAUACCAAAACGAGGAUGAGGUCGGAGAUGGUGUUGCGGCCAAGAUCAAGGAGGGCGUUGUUAAGCGUGAGGAUCUGUUCAUCACCAGCAAGCUGUGGAACACUUUCCAUCGCCCGGAUCUUGUCAAGUCGGCAUUGGAGAACACAUUGAGUUCCCUGAAGCUGAAGUACCUCGAUCUGUACCUUAUCCACUGGCCCAUGGGCUACAAGGAGGGCUGCGAUCUGUUCCCCACCGACAAGGAUGGCAAGACACUGUACUCGCCCGUUGAUUACGUCGACACGUGGAAGGCCUUGGAGAAGUUGGUGGAAGAGGGUCUGGUCAAGUCCAUUGGUGUUUCCAACUUCAACAGAAGGCAGAUCGAGCGCGUGCUCGAGGUGGCCACUAUUCCACCAGUGACUAACCAGAUUGAGUGCCACCCAUACCUGACCCAGAAGAAGCUGAUUGAUUUCUGCAAGUCAAAGAAUAUCACAAUCACUGCCUACAGCCCCUUGGGAUCUCCCAACCGCCCAUGGGCCAAGGCUGGUGAUCCGGUCAUCCUAGAGGAGGCUAAGAUCAAGGAGAUUGCCGCUAAGAAGAAGAAGACCCCUGGACAGAUCCUUAUUCGAUACCAGGUGCAGCGUGCCAACAUUGUUAUCCCCAAGUCGGUGACCAAGGACCGCAUCGAGUCCAACUUCCAGGUCUUUGACUUCGAAUUGACACCUGAGGAAAUCGAAAUCAUCGAAAGCUUCGAGUGCAACGGCCGCCUGGUUCCCCUACUCAACGAUGCUGGUACCCAUAAGUACUAUCCGUUCCACGACGAGUAUUAGGUUUUAAGAAACCAAUAUCUGAAGAGCAAGAAGAAUUCGAAUGAAUGAAAAAUUAUACCUAUUGGAAAGGGAAACGCUUACGAAGAAAAGAUCCAAAUAGUUUCAGAUCCAUAUAAACAUGAACAUGAGUUUAACGUA